AUGAGUUCAAAAGGUUGUUGUAUGAGCCGCAAACCCCCUUCUCCAGAUGGCCUCGCUCCGCGACAUGUACCGGCACGAUUCCCACAAGGAUCAGCACCAACGCCUCCCAGAGGCCGUCAAAUUCCUCUUCAGUACUUCUUAUCACUGAGUUCGGAUUCGCCCCUCUCGAAGCAAGAAGAUAUAGCUGAACUCCAGGCAAUUUUUGAGGACGACAAGUCGUCGACCGAAGGCGGACAAAAUUGUGUCAGGGCUAAGAAAAGUUCGAGUACUAUUACAUCUGUUAAGAAUAGGCUCAAGAAACAUCUUUCAAGGGAAUUGAGAUCUAAACGCCACUCAAAGUCCAGUAUCGGGACCUCCGAUGACAGUGAGCGGAGAGCCGAGCUUCGUCGAUUCCGACAAAAGAGGAUACAGGAGGAGUUGAGUAACGAGGGUGUUUAUGAUUCCGAUGCCAAAUCACUGUCGUCGAUGGCAGGCGUGUUUACCUAUGCCGACAAAGACAACCAAACUAUAUGGAUUUCUGGAGGCCAUUCUCCUCUUCCCGCAUUGGUCUCCGCCAAGCUACCAAUUUCAGACUUACCUCUUCCAUUACCAUCUCGGGCUUCGCCAUCGGGAAAAGUAAACAAAGCACAAUUUGAAGCACCAUUCAACGGGGCAGUAACCCAGACACCAAGAUCCCGAUCGGGACGUGAUCUCUCCGAGCCCAUCAAUACUGCGGUCGGUCCAAAUACAACACGUUCGCGACGAUAUAGUUCACCAGAUCCCGCAUCGCGUGGAAUAGAAAUCAAUGAGCCAAAGGUAUCCCGGCACACAAGAGGACGAAGCUCGAUUCCUCCAACUCCAGCUGCCCCGACCCUGCGACCUCGACAUCUGCCAAGUAUCCUCGUCAAAUCUUCCUGGCGGCUAUCUUUUGCCUCAGAGAAUCGAGGCGUUCACCUUCGAAACUUGAGCCUGGGAGAAAGCUCUACUGUCCCUUUGAGCGGAGACAAGUCAGAUGCGGGUUCUCAAACCAUAGAUAGGUGGCUACAUAGCCAGGGUCUUCGAUCACCAUCUGAAGCUAUUACGUGUUCAGAGGACAACGCGAAUAUAGAAUCCUUAGCUUCUCUUUCUCAGACCUGUACUACAAGAGAUGAUUUCGGAGGCGUUGACGGCCCCGAGGAAUCAAGAAGCGCCGUUCAUCUACAUGAGAUGAGAGUAUCUCAGCGUCUAGCACCAGAAGACAUCCGGAGUUCUUCUUCCUCGCCAGAAUCGUCAAGUCUGGAAGGCCAAUCUCAUUAUUAUGACUUUUCUAGUACUAGUCUGGAAGCCAUUCAGAAUACCUACGGUCCUUCCCGACCGACACAAAAGACUUCAGAUUCUACACGUCUGAGUGAAUGCAUUCCUGAAUCUUGGGGCAAGAUCGUGCAAGAUGGAACCUCAUCUUUCUAUCCAUCUGCUGGCAAUAGCAUCCAGCCUUCGCCAGAAAGCUCCCAUUUCAACUUGCUCCCUCUUGUGACAAGCAGCAAGACUGAACUUGAUUCAAUAGAGCAAGCGAAUAUAGAAAUAUCACAGACCUCAGCCAGCCCAAGGCCUAUACCCUUCAGUAUCCCAGCCGUUAAUCAAAGUAUCCCUUUGAUAAAGUGUCAUAGCCCUUCCCCCAUUGGCACUGUCUCAUCGAUCGCUGUCUCUGAGACUGCAUCAUUUCGCGAGAGGGAGGCAGAGCUUAAGACCUUGCAAUCACGUUUCCCAGAAGCAGAAGCAUAUUGUAUCCCAAGCACGCCGAUUUCUAGUAAGCCUCGGGAGGAAUUCAACUUUAAGCCCUCCCCAGCCAAAUCAUCUUCCCCGAGCAGAUUUUCGGCUCUUGCAAGACUCGCUAGACUUGGAGCCAGAAGCUACGAUGGUCCUAUGGAGAAAAUGCUUGGUGUUCCAUUACCGCCUUCGCCAGUGGCAGUAUCCCCUUAUUCGAAGAAUGGACAUAGUCCUGGCGCUAUGAACCCUCUGGUUGAUGAUGAGGCUGCUAGAGCAUGGGGAAAAGCGAUUUAUAUGAACAAUCAGUCCAAUGACAAGGACAUCUCACGUAGUUUGACGCUUCCAGCCUUGCUGAAAAGAGUUGGGAGUUACAACAGCAGGAGUAAAAGCCAUCCCAGCGGUGACUUGAAAGCGAAGGGUAGGGAACCGAGUUUGUUUAAAAAUGGCGACGAAUUCGGUGAUGAUAGCCCUACGUCUUAUAAGAACAUGAUGGCAAAGAAGGAGGAAGUCUUGGAAGACUGGGAACGAGAAUUGCAGAAGUGUGCGCAAAAUGCGAAGGCUAAAAGUAGGAUUAUCGUCAAAAACGCCAAAUGCGGCCCUGACAGGAGAUUUCCAGCAUCUUGGUCCAAAUUUCCAAGUCAUAAUCGCGAAGAAAGAGUGGCAGCUGCGGGGUCUAGUGAUCGGGUUGAGCAAAGGGAUUUCGCAAUUGCAGGUAUAAAGGACGGCAAGAAAGUGUGGUAUCAUAGUGAGAGGACAAAUCAUCUCUACCAUCACGAAGGCGAGGAUUUCGAGUUACACAGAAACACGCCGAAGAAAGGAUUCUUGGAACGGUGGGAGAAGAAAAUCAGAGACAAACUGUCUCAAGUUGAGAGUGUGCAGACCGAUAUUUUCCUGGACCGAACACAUGGGAGGAGAGGAAGCUUGAUUACGGAAAUGCCAGCAAAAUACCCGGACUUGGAGCUGCUACCUAUAGAAAUGAUGACCACCGCCCAGAUUGAGGCCCAGAGCACCAAGGAGAGGAGGGCGGCGAGACUUUCACGGAAGGGCUGGACAUUACCCAAGCUGUCACGGCAGCCAACGAAAAGAUUGGACAUCGGAGAUAGGAGCAACCGUCUACAACAGUCAUACGGACCGUCUGUGAUGAAGAAAUCCGAAGUAAGCGAUGAGAUGACUAUCGAAGAAAGAGUGGCAGAGUGGCGCGCUAGGUCGGAGAAGCCUGGGGGUACUCCGGAUGGCCACUUGGAUUCCGCUGAAGAUGGCGUCUGCGAUCAAAAUAAUGAUUCGCCGUUGGAAGAGACCCCACGUGGUAUUGCAGAUCCAGAAUUUUAUGAUGAUUUUAUCGUUACCCCACCGGCUGAUGAGGGGGCAGACGGUGAUGAGUUUGAAGAAGUGAGCCCGAAAUCUUCAACGAAGGAUAAGUUCAUGACCUGGAGCGGCAAGGACUGGGAUGGAUAUAAGUAUAAUGCAGGAGCUAUGCUAUCUCACCGGAGAGCCUUGAGCACUGGCACUUUGAGGAAGAGCACUGAUGACUUCCAUGGAGAGCUGCAGAAGAUGGAGCGCUUCGAGAUGGAGAAGGCCCUCAGGAUUGCGGAGGAGGCUUGGGGUAGCGUCAAUAGCUUUGGGAAGGCAAUUGGGGGCAUUCAAGCGUCUGUCAAUGAUGCAUAG